GACUCCCCCUACAUUUUUAAAUGUUGCUUUUAAAUUUCUUAUUUUUUCUGGCCGGUCGCCUCAAAUUCAUCUGAUCUCUCAUUACCUGACUUCGUACACCGCCGUCGCGCCCCCGGGCCGCACCGACCGAGGCCGAGGACUUUAUGACCAGAGCGGAGCAAGAUGCAUUGUGAGAGGUUUAUAUGCAUCCUGAGAAUAAUCGGAACCACACUUUUUGGCGUCUCUCUCCUUCUUGGCAUCACAGCUGCGUACAUCGUCGGCUACCAGUUCAUCCAGACGGACAAUUACUAUUUCUCCUUUGGACUGUAUGGUGCCUUCCUGGCGUCACACCUCAUCAUCCAAAGCCUUUUUGCCUUUUUGGAGCACCGGAAAAUGAAGAAGUCUCUAGAAACCCCCAUUAAGUUGAACAAAACCGUCGCCCUCUGCAUCGCGGCCUACCAGGAAGACCCAGACUACCUGCGCAAGUGCCUGCAGUCUGUGAAGAGGCUCACCUACCCGGGGAUCAAGGUCGUCAUGGUCAUCGACGGGAACUCUGACGACGACCUCUACAUGAUGGACAUCUUCAGCGAAGUCAUGGGCAGGGACAAGUCAGCCACUUACGUCUGGAAGAACAACUACCACGUGAAGGGUCCUGGUGAGACGGAGGAGUCGCAUAAAGAGAGCUCCCAGCAUGUGACGCAGUUGGUCUUGUCCAACAAAAGCGUGUGCAUCAUGCAGAAGUGGGGUGGAAAGCGAGAAGUCAUGUACACGGCCUUCAGAGCCCUGGGACGGAGUGUGGACUAUGUGCAGGUGUGCGACUCAGACACCAUGCUUGACCCCGCCUCAUCUGUGGAGAUGGUGAAAGUUCUAGAAGAAGAUCCCAUGGUCGGAGGAGUUGGGGGAGACGUCCAGAUUUUAAACAAGUAUGAUUCCUGGAUCUCCUUCCUCAGCAGUGUGAGAUACUGGAUGGCGUUUAACAUUGAGAGAGCCUGCCAGUCCUAUUUCGGGUGUGUCCAGUGCAUCAGUGGGCCCCUGGGAAUGUACAGAAACUCCCUGCUGCAUGAGUUCGUGGAAGAUUGGUACAACCAGGAAUUUAUGGGCAACCAGUGCAGCUUUGGUGAUGACAGGCACCUAACCAACCGGGUGCUGAGUCUGGGCUACGCCACGAAAUACACAGCUCGAUCCAAGUGCCUUACCGAAACCCCGAUUGAGUAUCUCAGAUGGUUGAACCAGCAGACCCGCUGGAGCAAGUCUUACUUCCGAGAGUGGCUGUACAAUGCCAUGUGGUUCCACAAGCACCACUUGUGGAUGACCUACGAAGCAGUCAUCACUGGAUUUUUCCCCUUCUUUCUCAUUGCCACAGUGAUCCAGCUCUUCUACAGGGGUAAGAUCUGGAACAUCCUCCUCUUCUUGUUGACUGUCCAGCUAGUAGGUCUCAUAAAAUCAUCCUUCGCCAGCUGCCUUAGAGGAAACAUCGUCAUGGUUUUUAUGUCUCUCUACUCAGUGUUGUACAUGUCAAGUUUACUUCCUGCCAAGAUGUUUGCAAUUGCAACCAUAAACAAAGCUGGGUGGGGCACGUCUGGAAGGAAAACCAUUGUUGUCAACUUCAUCGGACUCAUCCCAGUGUCAGUGUGGUUUACAAUUCUCCUGGGUGGUGUGAUUUUCACCAUUUAUAAGGAAUCUAAAAAGCCAUUUUCUGAAUCCAAACAGACAGUUUUAAUUGUUGGCACUCUGAUCUAUGCAUGCUAUUGGGUCAUGCUGUUGACACUGUACGUGGUCCUCAUCAACAAGUGUGGCAGGAGGAAGAAGGAGCAACAGUACGACAUGGUGCUGGACGUAUGACCGGAGCCGGCUGGGUUUGCAGUUACGCUCAUGGGACCUCCUCCAGGGCUGACAGUUUGUGGCAGCAGGCAGGGCCGCCAGGAAGACACUUCGCUGCUGCUGGAACUCGAACAAAGACAUUUCUGUGGUUUGUUGUGAUUCUGCCAAAGCAAAAUAACGCAUCAAGAAGACCCUCCGAUGUAACCUGUUGCGUCUAGAAAACAGAAUGAACCCUCUGUGUGCGCACUUUGUCCUGUCCUGCACGCCGCCUGGCAGCGCUGGCCCUAUAUACCUCACUAGCUGUGCUUUCUGUGGGUUCUCAUGGGAGAAAACGAUUUCGGAGACUCAAGGAAAAGUCCUUUCAGCCUGUACAACUAAUUUAUGGACUGCUCAAUAGCUAAU